GCCGCUACCAUUCAGCACAUCUAUCUUAUCAGGCCGGAACUAUAGCCACAGUACCGGUUCUAUCCCUGCAACUUAUGUAGACAGCCAAUAAUAGAAAUCCCGGCGAUAGUCACACGGGCUGACUCGUGAUACCCCCGGAUCAAGCUGAAGGUCUCUUUUGCAGGCCUUCUAUCUUCCGAUAAAUUUCAAAAUCCAGUAGAACAAGCUUAUCGCGUAAGCAUCUUUUCUUUCAUCUCCUCCCAAAAGUGUAUCGAUCCCAACAAUGAUGCUCCAGGGAGUCGCCUUUAUUACCGGUGCCGCAUCAGGCAUCGGAAAAGCCACAGCCUAUGCCCUCGCCCGACAUGGUGUCAGCCAACUCGCUAUCGCUGAUAUCAACUUCGCCGCGGCACAGGAUACCGCCCAGGAUAUCGAGGCCCGCUUCAGUGGAGUGAGAGCGCUCCCGCUGAACAUUGACGUGACCGAUCCGGUCUCUAUCCACAAGGCUGUGUCAGAGACGGUUCAGCAAUUCGAGAGGAUUGAUUAUGCGGUCAACAGUGCUGGGAUUGCUGGGUCAAUGGCGUAUUCGGGGGACCAUGAGAUUGCAGAUUGGGAGAAGACGUUAGGGGUGAAUUUGCAUGGGGUGUGGAUGUCUAGUCGGGAGGAGAUUAAGGUUAUGAUGAAACAGGAGAAGAGGGAUGAUAGUCCUCGCUCAUCACGAGGUGUCAUUGUCAACGUGGCAUCUGCUUAUGGUCUUGUUGCGACGCCGGCUAACAUACCCCUCGUUUCGUAUACGGCUGCGAAACAUGGUGUGGUCGGGAUGAGCAAGGCUGAUGCGAUUGUCUACGCGCCUUUGGGGAUUCGGAUCAAUGCUAUCUGUCCUGGUUAUGUUCAGACACCGAUGAUCGAUCAGAUGGCUGAUGAGGUGAUGCGGAAGGAAGUGUUGAGAGUCCCAGUGGGAAGAUUGGCGGAUGUAGAGGAAAUUGCGGAUACGAUUACGUUCAUGCUGUCGCCAAUGAGUAGCUAUAUGUAUGGGUCUGCAUUGGUGGUGGAUGGGUAGGUCGAUUUCUUGAAGGUUUUGCUGGAUGACUUAU